AUGGAAGAAACCCUCUACUGCACCAAGGCAUCCCUCCUCGCCAUCCACCGCCUCUACCUCCACUCCCUCGCCAAAUAUCCCGGCCCGACACUUGCCACCCUCACCAGUUGGUACGCGGCCUAUUAUUGCCUGGCGGGGCGAUUUACAUCGGAGACAUUACGCGUGGCAACACCGUCCGGUAUGAACCGAACGCAAUCGUCUUCCACGACGCGGCGGACAUGGCUGAGAUAUACGGGGUUCGGGCAAAACGUGCGCAAGGUGGAUGGUGAGAUGGCCUUUGGGCAGCGGUUUGAGAUGCUUAACUCGUCGGAGAUGAGAUGGCUGCCUGCGGUCUUGACUAAGGGUAUUCGUCGGAGUACUUUGCUGGAUCGUCUGCUCCUCCUGUCCCUGCUGCCGGAGAUCCGAGCUGCGGUGAGCUGGAUGCAGGACCGCAUCCAGGCGCGCAUCCAGCGGGGAAACAAUGUCCCAGAAAAGGACUUUUUAUAUGCCAUGAUGAAUACCCGGGAUUUUAAGACAGGCCGGACGUUGUCGUCCAAGGAACUCUCGGUAGAGGUGACAAUGCUGUUAAUGGCUGGUCUGUUUCACCCUUUGGUUCUCUUCAUGUCUGACUCCGAAAAGGCUCCCAUACCACCAGUAGCAGAAUGA